CUGGCCGCAACAGUUGGGCUGGUGUUGGCGCUGCUCGUCGGAUGUGCGCCGGGCGAAGAGCCCUAUGUCGAGCGUCCGGUCGAGGAGCUCUACAACGAGGCGAUGGACAGCCUGUUGGAUGAAGACUUCGAGGCUGCGGUGGCCGACUUCGCCGAGGUGGAGCGCCAGCACCCCUAUUCGGUAUGGGCGACGCGGGCGCAGAUCAUGUCGGCGUUUGUCUACUAUCAGAGCAACCGCUACGACGACGCCAUCGCCGCGGCGGGCCGGUUCAUCGAGCUGCAUCCCGGAAAUCGCGACGCCGCCUACGGUUACUUCCUGAUCGCCAUGUCCUAUUACGAGCAGAUCUCCGACGUGGGCCGCGAUCAGAGGACGACGGCACUUGCGCUGCAGGCGCUUGAGGAGGUGGUGCGCCGCUUCCCCGGCAGCACAUAUGCGCGCGAUGCCCGCCUCAAGAUCGAUCUGACGCGCGAUCAUCUCGCCGGAAAGGAGAUGACUGUCGGACGCUACUACCUCCGGCGCGGAAACCCCGUCGCGGCGAUCGGACGCUUUCGCAAGGUCGUCGAGCUCUACCAGACCACGAGCCACGCGGCGGAGGCGCUGCAUCGCCUGACCGAAGCGUACCUGGCGCUAGGGGUCUCGGGCGAGGCGCAGACUGCGGCCGCGGUUCUCGGCCACAAUUACCCGGGCAGCCGCUGGUACCAGCACAGCUACGCCCUGCUCGUCGAUUCCGACCUGAAGCCCGAGGCGGACGAAGAAUCCUGGAUAAGCCGCGUCUUCGGCGAUCUGCUCUGA